AUGGAGAACUACACACAAACCCCGGCUGGUAUUCCGCCCGCUGGCGUGAGCCCAAACUUCAUCGACCCCCCCUCUCUGAGUGUUGCAUACCAAGGCGUCAUUUAUUCUUUCGUGCCGCUCAUGUUUAUGUUCUUGGUCUGCCGUCUCUACGUUCGUGUGCGCAUGCUCCGCAACUUUGGGCUCGACGACGGUGCGUGUAAAAUCUCCCAAGAUAUCGGACAGCAGGGGACAUUUGGCAGUAUUAUUGCCUACUGCGGUGUUCUCAUACCGCUGCUCGACCAUCCGUUGGGGAGACACUUGUGGGAUGUUCCUAUGAGCGAGAUCACCGACAGAUAUCUCAAGGCACGUGUUCCCUAUAUAUAUUCAUCUCCUCAGCCUCUGAGCGGUUGCUUUAAAGUCAAGGCUGACAAGCAGGCGACACAGUAUUCAACGGUUAUUCUGGUCGCAUUCUUCUUGAGUGCCCUAUUCGUCAAGCUUGGCCUCCUAUUCUUCUACUUUCGUCUAUUUCAAAUUUACCGUCUGGCCUAUUGGUUAAUUUGGGCAGGCGUCGGCGCCGUGAGCGCCUUCUAUUUGAUUUCUACCGUCCUCCUCCUGGACAGGUGUGUCCCUCGCCAAGGGCAGACAUGGCUAGAAACAACCUACACAGGCAGCUGUACGCCGGUGCAGAACGGCCUCUCCAAGGGCAGCGGCAUCUUUGGCCUCAUCUCGGACCUGUACAUAUUAGCGGUGCCUCUGUGGUUCGUCUCCCAGCUGAGGCUCCCCACGAAGCGCAAGCUCGGAGUGUCUGCUGUGUUUUUGACGGGCAUCUUUUCCCAUAGAAAUAAUGACGCAAGUCGCACGACCAAUCGAGGCAAGACUGACGAGCUGGGGAAGCUUCCCGACAUCCCACAAAGCGCCUUGACUCGGCUGCGGUCCUUUAUUCGCAGAGCCAACUGGUCCAGAGCGCACGAGACUGAACUCGAAAGGCAGGGCGAUGGCAGUGUACUCUUGACACAGGACUCGGCUUUUCAGAACUACCAUCAUCAGUUGAAGGCCAUGUACUCGCACGAUGUGGAGAAGCAUGCUAGCUCUGACACGAGAAAUUAG